AUGGCACUCACGACAAAGGUCUUGCUACUGAAAAAUAAAACGGUGCCAAUUGAUCCCUAUGAGUCAGCGUUUGAAGAAAAUGGAUUUUGUCCUGUUUACGUCCCACUAAUCCAGCAUAUGCACUUACCGGAAGACUGUUUGAAGCUUUUGAGGGACGACAAAUACAUAACUCAACUUCAGUACAUUGUGAUCAGUUCUCAGCGGACAGUUGAAUGUAUCAAUGAGUCAAUUCUGCCACGGCUUGCGGAGUCUCAACGUAAGACUCUGCUAAAAAAGACGAUAUACACGGUCGGUCCAGCUACCGCAGAUUUCUUGCAGAGGUGUGGUUUCGAAGACAUUAGAGGUGGUAUCGAUGCAGGAAACGGCAGUAUCCUGGCAGAUUUGAUAAUAGCAGAUUUAGGUGACGUGAUUGCAGCGGAGCCAACUAUGCUGCCUGUUUUGCUUCUCGUAGGGGAAACAAGAAGGGACAUCAUACCUAAAAAGCUAGCUAGUGUAAAGAUACCGUCCCAAGAAAUUAUCAUGUAUAAGACUGAGGUGCUGGGGGAUAACUUGGUUCGAUUUCAAUCGCAUUUCACUUCAAAUGCAUGGGUUGUAUUCUUUAGCUCCCAGGGCACAGUCGAAAUUAUCGACUAUUUGAAAACUCAAUCCGUCCAUGUAGCAAGCAUAGGGCCUACUACUGAAGUGUUCUUGGCCUCUCGCGGAAUUGACCCUCAAGUGGUAAGCACCAAACCAGAGCCGCUCUCCCUCAUAAGCUCUUUGAAAUCCCUAUAG